GCGCGAUGGCAAUGACGUCAUUGUGAGCUGAGCGUUCUGUUUUUGAGCUGAGGCCGAGAGAGAGAGAGAUAAGGGAGACAUGAAUCUUUCUCAGGAGGCCGGGGACUCAACUUCCGAGCUCCUGUUUGCCAAUUUCAACCAAGACACCACCUCCCUGUCAGUCGGUACUAAACUGGGUACAAGCUCUAUCCUCUUACAAGCCUCGAGAUGAAGCUGAAUCCCAGCUUUGAGAAAGAGGGUGGCGAGGUGUGUAUCAUAGAGAGGCUGUUCUCCAGCAGUCUGGUGGCAAUGGUGGAACUGGCCCACCCCAGGAAACUCAGAGCCUGCCAUUUCAAGAAAAACUCGGAGAUCUGCACCUACAGCUAUCCGGACAUCAUUCUGGCAGUGAAGCUCAACAGACAGCGGCUGGUAGUGGUAUUGAAACAGAACCUCUACAUCCACAAUAUCAGAGACAUGAAGGUACGUACACACGUACAUGUGUAAUCUGGUGCAGGGAGAGAGGAAUUUGUGUGCCACGUCACUUGUCGGACAUGAUAGUGUGUAUGUCUCAACAACUUGGUAACGGGGUAGAAAGGCGAAACAGGCAAGGCAAACAAGUCAAUUACACCCAGGACAGCUCU